UGUAGAUUCGCUCGCAGUAGUUAUUUAAUCAUCGGACAUAAAUAGUUUGACACCUGAUGAACGGAGAGAGUAAACAACAGUUAAUUAUGUAUUUACUCUUCUGUAUUAUAUUACCUUUGAUAAGUCAAGUAUUGGGUAAUAGCAAUUGUGACAAUGCCUCUAAUGAAAGGAAUCAUUACGUAAUUGAAACUCUUGCUGACAACUUUGUUGCCCCUUAUCAGUUAGCCUUUGAUGCAAAUACUAAUACAUUAUUUUUUAGUUAUACAGUAGAAAAAGCAAAAAGAUAUUUUAAAAUAGUGUAUAUGGAUGUCAACACUAAAGAAAAAGGUGAAGUCACAGGGAUACCAGAUGGUUUUGCUCAAACAGUCGAUACCAGAAAUCAUAUUGUUUAUAUGGGAGGUAGGAACGGAAUAUAUCAAUUCGAUUAUAAGACAAAAUCAGCAAAUUCUUUGAACAUUACAAAAGAGAGUAUUUGGCAAAUGUUCUUUAAAGAUUAUCUUUAUUAUACUACUAUAUAUCCAGAUGAAGUAGCGUAUGUAUACAAAAAUGGAGUGGUUUCAAAAGUUCAACAAUUGGAAAAUAUCAAAACUUUGUUAAUAGCGGUAGACAAUAAUAAUAAUAUCUACUAUAGCAACUCAUCUGGACUCUUUGUACUUGACAAUGCCAACGUAACCGAGAAUAUUGGAGAAUAUAACAUCAACGGAUUUACAUCAGAUGUUAAGGGUAAUUUAUACUUUUCAACAACAAGUGAAAUUUAUUCCAUAGUAACUAAAAAUACUGUUAAGAAGAUUGCCGAUUUGAACGACGACGUUCACGGAGUGGCUAUUGACGCAGAUGGCAAUUAUAUAUAUUCAACAUAUGAGAGUGUAAAACGAUUAAAAGUCGAAGCGACAAACUGUUCUUAAUUUCUGUAUAAAAUUGGCUAUGUAUGUACUGUUAAAAUAAUAUAAAGCAGCAUAAUUUA